AUGAAAGAGUGGUACCGAACUGGUACCGUGAUGAAUACAGCUACUUCAGAAAUGGGUGAAUUCCUCGUGUCAGUUAUGUUUGAUAAUGGUGAUUUAAGACUGGUUCCUCUAUCACAGCUUCGCUUAGUUAAACGACCACGAUUUUGUCAAGUAAAGCAUGUAAUACAAGGUUUGUAACGAAUACUAAAACACACAGCAGAUUGCAUAGAUGUGCCAACAUGCAUCAGCGUUACCCUGGUAAUACGGUUGGCACACUUACGCAACCUUCUCUUUCCUUGUUAUUUUGUAAGGGCAUUAGAGAGAUAAAGCACCAGGUUUUGCUUCACAUUUGCCGUUUUCCGUCUGUAAUCAAAGCGGCUUGUGCUUUUAGGCUUUGCGUAUACCUCGAAGACAUAACCCUCCAUACCGUCCACCUAAGGUGAACGUCAUCUUUGAAGUGUUCACAAACAGUCGGUUUUCUGUAAUCUAAGAUGGCGUUUGACUUUCCUUUAUCAAUUCGUUAAACUAGUAGUCUAAUUAUUUGCCUAGUGCAUUCGACAUCGAGAAAGAAAUCGUACAGGCAAUAUUAUGAUAGCAAAUGUCAUGUCUUGUCCUUUCUUUUUUACUCCUGUCUUUUCUGAGCGUGAAAACCAACCUUUUAAUCUUAAAAUAAACGGGAAACGUGAAAAAUGGCGGGGGAAAUGAUCACGUGUUGCCUGUUCACAGAGCCUCUAUUUUCUCUUUUUCGCGCUACCCGUCCGCUCUUGCGCGCUGUGGGAUUGUCGAAAAAAAAUUUUAAACGUCGGUGGAUAGGCUAGAUUACUUGGUCAUCUCUGCCCACUAUAUGUACUUUAAUUUACAAGAUCAUAUCAACAUGAUGAACUAUGCCGCUAGUCCAUAACUGUGGCGCGAUGGAACUAUGAUGUCAUUUAAUCCUAUAAACCUCCUCAAAGACUGUUCGACCUGAUGUCUUCCAGCAAGUCUUAAACUAGAGAAUAAAAGAAUUUCGAAAUUUCUUGAGAUAAAACGUAAACAUCAAUUUGUGCCAUGUUGUUUCGUUGGCAGUUUACCAUUUUCACCGCGACCAUAAUACACCUUGUUUAACCCCCCCCCCUUCCCCUCCUGGGUAUUUCAGUCGUCCUAAGAGAAAUCGAAGGCAUUGGUUAUGCAAAAUUUGGGGGGUUAGCAAGGUGCAUUAAUAAUAAUAAUAAUAAUAAUAAUAAUAACAAUACACUUUUUUUAAAGAGGGUAGCACGGAAUAGUUACAGAAACUAGUAAACUUGUGACCCUGGUCUCGAUGUGAAUUUGACAUUUUUUUACUUUCUAUAGUUUUAGAUUGAAGAAAUAUUAACCAUUUCCUCUUUUUAACCUGUUCAUAGUUCAUUUAUUAUUGUUGUUUAGGUUAAGAGUUUUUGUUCAAGUAUAAACUGGCAAUAAAGUGACUUCUGUCAUAGUUUUUACUUACAGUCGUCGAAAAAUGCUGGACGUAGAAUAAUCUCGGUAUAAUUCUUUGAGGUAGCAUCUGAAAUAUUGACAGCAAAAAGCCAUGUUUCAAUGUGGUCUCUCACAGAUAUCGAUGAAUGCAAUCAGGAAUUUAAAGGCAAUUGCAGCCAUAGAUGUGUCAAUAGUCCAGGUAGUUACUAUUGUAAGUGUCCAAAUGGAUUCCAAAUGUCCCAAGAUAACAAGACUUGUAAAUGUCCAAAAGGUUCCCAGGAGUCCAAGAACAGGACAGUGUGCUUGAGUAAGUAACGACAAAAAGAGACUGGCAGGUAAUGAUGUCUUUUAGUUGAAUUGAUCUUACCGUCUUCGUUGUCCUUAUCGUAACAGUAGGUAUUUUACGACCUGACAACAAAGAUGUUGCAAAACAGAUCGUUCAAAACCUGAAUUCUCGUCCUCUAGAAUCUUUGCGAGGUGAAAAGCAGUUAUCAACUCGUUCGAGCUUAGGUUGAUGCAACACAGUUUCUCGCCUUGCCGUUCACGUUCUCAGUUAAAACGUUUUUUUUUUUUUUCAUGUCUUAGUUGUGCAGUCAAAGGCAAAGAAACUUAAACAAAAAGCGCGGUAGAUAAGCAGAGUUGUUAGUUUUGAUUCUCAAACCGGUUUCUUUUUCUGAUUUCUUUUUGUAUCGUUGUCGUGAUAGUUUCCUCAAGUUUCUUUUAGAGGAGUUGGUACUAGGAGCACCAGAAGCGUGGUAGUAAUAGCGGCAUUGGUAGUGACAGUAGUAUUGGUAAUGGUAGUGGAAAUGGUAGUGGAAGUGGUAAUAAUAGUGGUGUUGGUGUGAGUGGUGGGUUUUGUGGUAGUGCUGGUAGUAAUUAUAGUGGUAAUGGUAGAGGAAGUGGUAGUGGUAGUGGUGGUGGUGUUAGUGGUGGUUUUUGUGGUUGUGGUAGUGGUAGUGGUAAUGAUAGUGAUAGUGGUAAUGGUGGCAGUGUUAGUGGUGGGGUUUGUGGUAAUGGAGGUGGAAGUGUUAUUGGCAGUUUUUAUAAAGGAUAGUGGUAGUGGUGACGGUAUUGUUAAUGGAGAUGGCUGUGGUAGUGGCGGUGGUUUUUGUGGUGGUGGUAAUGAAAGUGAUAGUGGUAGUAGUGGUAGUGUUAGUGGAUGUUUUGGUGUAGUGGUAGUGGUAAUGAUAGUGACAGUGGUAAUGGUGGUAGUGUUAGUGGUGGGGUUUAUGUUAGUGGUGGAGUUGGUAGUGUUAUUGGUAGUUUAUAAAGGAUAGUGGUAGUGGUGAGGGUAUUGUUAAUGCUGAUAGCAGUGGUAUUGGUAGUCGUUGUGGUAGUGGCAGUGAUAGUGAUAGCGGUAGUGGUGGUAGUGUUAGUGGUGGGUUUUGUGGUAGUGGUGGUGGUGGUAGUGUGAUUGGUAGUUUUAUUAAGGGUACUGGUUUAGGUAGUGGCAAGGGUAUUGUUAGUGGUGGUGGCAGUGUUUGUGGUGGUGGUAGUGGAAGUUGUAUUGGUAGUUUUAAGAGUAAUAGUAUUGGUGAGGAUGGUGGUAGUGGUAUUGAUAGGGGGGUGGUAGCGGUAGUGGUAGACGUAAUGGUAGUGCUAGUUUUCAGCAACUCCCAUACAUUCUCUCUUACGCUUUCACGCUAAAAUUUAACACGACAAUGACUCCCUUAACAGGGGCCGUGCUCCUGCGACCAUUCGAUUGGCUGUUAAACUGUUGUUGCCAAGCGAAACGAGAAUUUUAUUUUUGGCGGGCGAGGGGGGAAGACAUUUCUCGUAAAGUAAAGUUUGUAUCAGGCACUCCGGUUAAAGCGAAACGAAAAUAGUGUCUGAUCUCAGAUUAUGUUUGAGGUGAUAUUGGAAGCGGCACCAGUAUAAAAAGUUGCAGUGACAGUACUGAGUAGAAGAAGCAUUUGUAGAAGUAUAACAGUUAAUGUGAAAGACCUAUAGUAUAGAUUUCUUCAUGGAAAGUCUCGACAAAAUUAAGCUCUUAGCUUUUCAACAAAGCUGACCCUUUCUAUGUCAAAGGAGGACUCUCGUCGUCGUCUGAAGAGUCAAAUAUGCGUUUUAUUCGUUUAUAAGUUUGUUGUUUUUGUGCUAUUGAAGACAAGGACGAGCUGAUAUUGAUGGUGAAAUUUUCUCCGUAAAACACAGCGCCCGCGAUAAGCCCUGCUGCUGUCGGCGUUGACUUUCUUCUUUUGUUGUUUCGACAAGAGAGUGCGUUUCAGUUUCAACCAUUGAAGAGUAGUCGUGUGUUUUUGGAGUCGUCGAAAAUUGUAAGACGUAGAAUAAUCCUUGUAUACUCCUGUGAAGUAACAUCUGAAAUAUUGAUCGUCAGUAUGACAAGUCAUAUUUCAAUUUGAUUUCUCCCAGAUAUCGAUGAAUGCAAUGAGAAUGUUAAAAACAACUGCAGCCAUCUGUGUAUCAAUAGUGCAGGUAGAUACUAUUGUAAUUGUCCAAAUGGAUUCUAA